AUGGCGGCACGAUUUGCGACGCUGGAUGACAACGCGGAUCCGGGCCCAUUCGCUCACGAGCUGCCUCGGUGCUCUGCCGUUGGAGCGCCGGCAAAGCUUCCAAAGUUCGUGCUGGACUUCCACAGCCAGGAAGCCGAGGCUGAGUCUGGGGAGAGCGACGACGAUGGCACUGGGACUCAUGAGCAUGUGGAGGACGAGGAGGAGCUGCCGGACGACGGCUACAGCAUCGAGACAAGGAGGAUGAAAGGCAAGGGCGUCCAGCACAUGUUGGUGCACGAGGAACUCGGCAGACAGGUGUUUUUGGGUCCUCCAGACAAGGGUGGCCAGUGGGAGAUCUAUUCCGAUGGCUCCGGCAUGGACUACCUCUGGCAAGGCGAGGCUCUGAAAGACGUGCAUGAGCCCGAGUUGUGCGUGAACAUCUUCAACGAGAUAGAGGAUGCCGAGGCGUCGGCCAAGAUUGGCCAGUCGCUCCCCGCGAGGGCCGUGAAGCCCACACUCGCCGGCGAUCAGAAUCCAGGAGGCUCUGCAGCGCCCGGUGCAAAGUCCAAGCCCAAAACGCCCAAGGGGCCACAGUCCACUGUGGCCGACGACGAGUUUGGGGGGUCUGACAGCGGGCCUGAGGACGAUGAUGAGACGAGCGUGCCGCCGAUGAAGCCCUUGGCACCCCUGGUUUGGACCCCUCAUGGUGGAAUUGGAAAGCAGUGGUUGUUGCAUCCCAGCGAGCUCCGUGAGCUGGCUUUGCCUGGCCCGGACAAGCCGCCAGAAGGCUCUGCUCACUGGAGCAUCUUUGAGGACAUCGACGCCGAGACGGGUGCUGUUCUCUAUAUGCUCCAGGCCGCGGAGCCUCAUUUGAAGAUGCGAAGCUGCGAUGUCCUGCUGGCAAGCCGCAAAAGCAAGCCCAUCGUCGACAAGGACCGGAAGGAGGCGUGUCAAGUGGCAAAGGCAGAAUAUGAGGCGGAGCUGAAGCGACGAGCCGAGCUGGAGCAGAAGAUUCAGCAGAAGAGGGCAGCCAAGGAAGCAGAAGCACGUCUGGCCCAAGAGCGAGAGGAGGAGGAGCGCAUCAGGCAAAACCCAGCGGCUAUGGCAGCAGCUCGUGCUGUGGCAGAGUCCAUGUUGCAGGAGAUGAUCCAAAAGAAGAUGCAGGAGGAAGCAGAAUCAGUCAAGCAAGCCGACGAGGCGCGUGCGCUACGUGAGGCCAAGAAGAGAGAAGCGGAGGCAGCGGCACGCAAGCGUGCGGAAGCCGAGGAGCAAGCCAAGGAGAAGGAGGAGGCAAGCAAGCUAGCCGCGCCUGAAGCCGAGGAGCAAGCCAAGGAGAAGGAGGAGGCUGAGGAGGCAAGCAAGCGAGCCGCGGCGGAAGCCGAGAAGCAAGCCAAGGAGAAGGAGGAGGCAGCCAAGCGAGCCGCGGCGGAAAUCGCCGAUACCAAGAAGACCGUGGGCGAUGGCAAGCCCAAGCGCAAGGAGGACGAAGAUGGCAAGGUCAACGAGGGCAAGCGCGGAGCAGAGAACACCGGUGCAGGGAGUGCUAGCGACAAGCGCGGGAAGAAGACGGCGUUGUCUCCAGAAUUGGUGAUCAAAAAAGUGUUUGCGGAAGAGCUCAACGGCUCCAGCCCUUGGAGGCAAGGGGUUAAGGGCAUCCUUGAAUCAUCGGUGAUCCUCAAGGUGGUGAACCACAUACUGCUGAUGAUGACUGGGAAAGACUUGGCCAGCUUCGCGGUCCCGAAACGGGAGCUCUUGGUGCCGGGAAAGCAAGACCUCUCGACGGAGAUGCGAAUUCUGAAACUCGUGGGUGAUGAUGAAGGGGUACAGCACAAGGCUUUCAACUACGCUUGGGAGCGGCUGCACCUGAGAGGAUUUUCAGAGUCCGAGGCAUCGCAUCCUGCUUGGAACGCCUUUAAGAAGGCGAUGACGGCCAGCAACCUCACCAUGCCGAUCAUGAAGCUUUCGUUGAUUUGUAACUUCGAUCACGGAGCCUGGAAAAGCGGAGACAAGCUAGAGGCAAAAAAGGAUGCUUUUCAGGCAUACUUGGAGGACCAGUUGCUCAUCAGCGAUCAAUGUGAAGACUAUUACGAAGCUUUUGCGGAAAGGGUUGCCGCUGAUCGGGGUGAAGCUUUCGACGAGCAGCUAGACGCUGCCGAGUGCAUGGCUGAGUGGCUGAGCACUCGCGCCCUGCGGAAUCGCGGGCUCUACCGGGAGCAGGUAGAGGAGACGGAGGACGAGGCUGAGGAAGGAGACAAGGAACCCCAGCCAGAACCAAAGAACAAGACGGAGCUGUACCAGAUCUUUAACAAAGAUGGGCCAACCAGCAUGAUCGCGGGCUUCAUGUCAGAUGCCUACCUACAGCAGGUGGCCCGCCUGAUUGUUGUGAUCUCCUCUCCGCUAGAGAAUGCCUACUACAAAGCCUUGGAAGCAGCUGCCGAGGGGUGGCACGCUCAGGCGUCCUUUGCAGCAUCACGCUCACUGGGGCAGUAUGUUGACACUGUCCAUGACAUUCUUGCCACGCUGGGUGGGCAGAAACUGCAUGAUGCACUGCAGGUGACGAAGCCCUCCCGGCGACCUCGGCCUGAGGAGAUGCCAGCAUGGGCACUGAAGGAGCUGGAGCUGUUGUCGACGUGCAGCAGCUUCGCUUCCUCUCUGGCAAGCAACGUUUUCUGGUCCAACGCUCACUUCUGGAUGUCGAUGCCCGCGCUCUUAUCAACAGUGCUCAGCAAAGACAGUGCAAGGCGGGCAGAGGCAAUGCAUCAUGCAAAGCUCCUGGUGACUGCCGUCGUGGAGGCGGAGCGGCAUGACUGCAGCGAUGUUGCCUGGUCGGCCAUGCUCGCUGACCUGGGCUGGCACAGACAACAGUUUGCGCGAGAGACAAUGGCCCUUUUCCUGCAAUCUGGUUUCAACUGCAGAGACACCUCCCUUCGGAAACUCGCCAAACGCCUUUACCUCGGGUCUUUCACUACAAAAGACUUGCUAGAAAGCUGUUUUGCGUUUCUGCAUCGCAAAGCCGCCACGCACUCGACAAACUUCAAAAUGAGCGACUCCUGCAAAUGGCUUUACGCGAUCGUUUCGCCAUAUGCCGAAGCCGGCGGCUGCCCCCAGGUUCUCCCCGAGAAGAGCGACUUCGAUACCGUUCUGGGGCCCACUGGCCAGUGUGACCGGGAGUACGCGAACCAGAAUAUGUUCUCCAUCAAGAAGACCGAGCUGCCGAACCCCGAAACCAUGCAUCGCCCGAAGCAGAUGAAAGAAAGCAAGUGGAAGAACAGCGGACCGCUCGCGCAACAGAGGUCUUCCGCAGCGGCCGCAUACCUCAUGCGUGAUCGUGAAAGCCGGUGGUCCCACAUAGAUCUUUGUUGGGUGGGCGCGUUCUUCAAGCAGGGAGCUGUCUUCAAGCGCAGUGACGGUGGCAACGAAGAGUAUGUCCUCAGCAUGGGGUUUCGCAAGUGGGCUGCUGCGGGAUUUCCGCUGGAGCGUGUCACGAUCCAGAAUCAGGCCAUCGUGUGGAUGACCUGCUUUCAGUUGCGAGACGGUCCCUGGAAAUUGAUUCCAACAGAGCUUGCACUACGUGCAUUCGCGCCGCCGGAGCUGCUGAGCAAAGGACUCUGCUCAGCAUGGAGGAUUGUCGAUGAGGAGGGCAUGCCGCUGCUGGAAGGUGGUCUGCGAGCGGGUGUGUUUUUGACAGUCCCGGACCUCAAGCAGCUGUGUGCUGCACUUGGCAUUGACAUGCCAACGAAAGGCAGCGGCAAAAAGGGUAGAGUCCUCAAGGCUGACAUUGCUCACAAAAUGUGUUCAGAAUUGUUCCCGGACGACGACGCAGAGACUCGGAACAAGAUGGUCGGUGCCAUUUGCUUCAGGUCUGGAAAACAUUUGACUGAGGAUGAGCAGUCCGUGCUGGACUGCGUGGCACAGCUUGCAGAGGAGGACCGUGAAUGCCCCGAGUUCAAGAAGCUUGCGCAUCUGGCAAAGAAUACGCUGCAUGAGCGGAUUCGCAAACGUGCUGUCAAAGAGUCGAAGGAAUCCAGGUUUGUUCGUAGCGUGCAAGUUUUCCGAUUUGAUUAA